UAUAAGUAACAUUAUUCUUAUAUUCCGAACAAUUCCUUAUCAUAUGUGAGCGCUGUCAUAACAAAUUUUGUUUGCUACAUCCAGUGUGUUAACAUAAAAAUAAAAUAAUGGCUGGGAAAGUUGAAGAAAUUACACUUUCAAAUGAGGAACUCGAAUGGAUUCAAAUGCGUCGCGAUUUCGAUUCAUUACGUCAGGAGACGGUAAAGGAAAAAAUGCUUCGUAAAAUAAAAAGCAACCCGCUAGUUCCUAUAGGUUGUUUAGCUACAGCCGCAGCCCUAUCAGUUGGUUUGUAUAAUUUUCGGACGGGUAAUAGGAAGAUGUCACAACUUAUGAUGCGCGCACGUAUAGCAGCACAGGGAUUUACUGUAAUUGCUUUAGUUACAGGUGUCGUGCUAACAUACGGCCAAAAGAGUGAUAAAGAGUAAAAAACAGUUAUAGAAGAUAAACCUAGUAGACACUACUGACCUCACUUAUUGUUUUAUUUUAUAAUAUUAUUAAUAAUAAAAAUGAAAUUACUUAUGUA